AAAUCUUCUCCACUCGUACAGAAGGACAGACGGAGCAUCUUUCCCCUCCCAGACACCGCCACCAUGAGUCGCUCCCCGGAGAGAAUGUCGUCGUACCGCCGCCACUUUGAGGACACUAGAGCCACGUCUAUCCAGGUCCGGAUGUCCAGCCCUUCUCCUGUCAGGAGGCAGGAUGGCCGGCAAGCCUCGGCCAGCUACUCCCGAAGCAUGGCCACCACCAAUAGCAUGAGGGCCGAGGGGCGCCGCACCGUGUCCGCGGCACGCAAAACCCGCACCACGGGCCUCGGUGGCGGGACUCUGUGCGUGGGCUUUGGUGGCGAGAAAGCCAUCGACCUGGACGUGGCCGCCGCGGAGAACCAGGAGUUCCUCGCCACGCGCAGCGGCGAGCGCAAGGAGAUGGUCGUGCUCAACGACAGGCUGGCUGCCUACAUCGAAAAGGUCCGCUCCCUGCAGCAGCAGAAUGCCCUGCUGGAGACGGAGAUCGAGGCCUACCAGAACCGGUUCCAGAAGCCGUCGGGUCUGAGGCUGCUGUACGAGGAGCAGCUGAAGGAGAUGAAGAGAGUCUCGGAUCAGAUGAAGGUCCAGAGGGAACUUGCGCUUGCAGCCAAGCAGGCCAUGAGUGGCCAGCUGGAGGCCAUCAAGAUCAGGUACGAGGAGGCCGUGGAGCUGAGGAGGAAGGCUGAGCUGGAGAUCGAAGCCUUCCGUCCGGACGUGGACGCGGCCACCUCCACCCGCAUUGUUCUGGAGAAGCGCCUGGAGCAGCUGGAGGUGGAGAUCGAGUUCCUGCAGAGGGUUCACCAGCAGGAAAUCGAGGAGCUGCUGAAGCAGAUCUAUUCGGCUCAUGCCCAGGCUCAGAGUGCUUUCGCCUUGCCGGACCUCUCGGCUGCACUCAAACAGAUCCAGAGUCAGUACGACGACAUCGCAGCCAAGAACCUGAAGGAAAUGGAUAACUGGUAUCAAUUGAAGUUCGAGGAUAUAAGCAGCAAAACUACAAAAAGCGUGGACGUGGUCCGGAACGUCCGGCAGGAGAUAACCGGCGCCAAGAAAGAUAUCCAGAACAAGGAGCGUGACAUGGAGUCUCUGAGGACCAAAGGGGACGCCCUGGAGGCCCAGAUCCGAGAGACCCAGGAGCGACACAAGAAAGAGCUGGAGGACAUGCAGGCCCGCAUCCAAGCCCUUCACCUGGAGCUGAAGUCCACCAAGGAGAAGAUCGCACUGCACCUGAGGGAGUACCAGGACCUGCUGAACAUGAAGAUGGCUCUCGAGAUCGAGAUCACCACCUACAGGAAGCUGAUUGAGGGCGAGGACUCUCGCCUCUCCACUAUGGUGCAGAGCAUGUCUCUGAUGAGCAGCAGUAUGACUGCCAUCGGUAGUGGAAUGAGCAUGGGCUUUGGAGGAGGGAUGGGAGGAGGAGGAAUGGGAGGAGGAGGAAUGGGAGGAGGAGGAAUGGGAGGAGGAGGGAUGGGAGGAGGGAUGGGUGGAGCAGGAGGAUUGGGAGGAGGGGUAGGAAUGGGUGGAGCAGGAGGAGGAAUGGGAGGAGGAGGGAUGGGUGGAGCAAGAGGAACGGGAGGAGGAGGAGGGAUGGGAGGAGGAGGGAUGGGUGGAGCAGGAGGAAUGGGAGGAGGAAUGGGUGGAGCAGGGAUGGGUGAAGCAGGAGGAAUGGGAGCAGGAGGGAUGAGUGGAGGAGGAAUGGGAGAUGGAAUGGGAGGAGGAGGGAUGGGAGGAAUGGGUACAGGAGGAGGAGGAAUGGGUGCAGGAGGAGUAGGGGGAGGAAGAGUUGGAAUGGGUGGAGGAGGAGGAGGAAUGGGAGGAGUAGGAGAUGGAGGAAUGGGUCCAGGAGAUAUGAGUAAAGGAGGCUAUGGUGCUGGAUUAGGGGAAGGACUUGGAGCUGGGGAUAUUGGAGGAUCUGGAAUUGGAAAUGGUGUUGGUGGAAUAGGAGGAGGAAUGGGUGGAGGAGUAGGUGGUGGAGGAGGAAUGGGAGGAGGAGCAGGAGGAGGAGUAGGUGGAGGAAUGGGUGGAGGACCUGGAGGAGCUGGAGAAGGAGGAAUGGGAGGAGGAGGAGUUGGAGGAGUGGGUGGAGGAACUGGAGGAGUGGGAAUGGGUGGAGGAGCAGUAGGAGUAGGAGGUGGAGUAGGAGGAAUGGGAGGAGGAGUUGGAGGAGGAGUGGGUGGAGGAAGAGCAGGAGGUCCUGGGGUUGUGGCUGGAGGAAAUGGAGUGAAGGUGAACCGCUCCCAGCAGCAGGCGGUGGAGAUGACAGAGAGGAGAACCGUGCUGAUAAGGACGGUGAAGACAGACGAGGAUGUGCUGGAGACAGACCAGCAGGAGCAGACCUACAUCAUCUCUGGAGCUGCCGAUGACUCUGAUGAAGAGUAAGCUGGGUGACCUCUUCGUACACCCUCCUGCCCCUUUUCCCGCCACCCCUCAAGCUUUUUCCUGAUGACCUGCAUCUGACCUAUGAUCUCUGACCUGGACACAAGGCCCUAGCCUUCACAACCCUUAUGUUAGGUCCAGAAGCCUUUCCUAGGUUCUUAACAUAUCCCUUAAAACUGCUUACAAAUGAUUGUAUCCACAUCAAAUAAAGUUCUUAACAAUAAA